UUUCCAAAACUUAAAUAUAUGUGUUGCUAGCAAAAGUAGUUGACCUGUGUAAUUCGUUGUUUUGGAUUUUUAUGUGUCGAAACUUGGAAGGCUUCUAUUUGCUUGGGCCAACUUUUUGGACAAGGGAUUCGCUUUAGUUGAGAAUAAAUUGCAAUGAAAAGUUGUUUGGGUUAUAGAUUUGGAGAGGUGGAAAUCGGUUAGGUUUGUGGGUGGGCUGAAUCUUUCCAUUUGGUCCCAAAUAUUUGGAAGGAUCUAUUAUUAUUGUCUUGUGGUUGUUUGAAUCUUUGAAUAUUAUUUUUUAUCAAUAAGUAAUUGUUGUGGGUCCUUUAGUUCUUCACCAAACUUGGGAUUUAAAAUAAUUGUGCUUCUGAGAUGUGCCUUUUCUUGCAUAAUUUAUUGUGUGAUUUUGUCACAGAUUUUAUUAUUAUUAAUUUAAUGCAUUUGAGAUUGUUUUUUCUAUGGGCACUGAACUCUUGAGAAUUGCUCCAUUAACGAAGUCAGUUUUAUGGUUUGUUCCACCAAUCCAUGAUGCAAUUUAUCUGCCAAGCUUGUUCACUCGCAAAAAGUUGUUUUGAAUUGUGCACUUGCUUGCAGUCAUCCCUUAUGGUCCCUUGAUGGUUAGGUUCUCAGAAAAUCCCAUCAUGAGUAGUUGUGUGAAGCCACUGGUGCUGAGCAAGGAAACUCCAGUUGUUCUUCUACAUGGUUUUGACAGCUCAUGUUUAGAAUGGAGAUAUGUAUUACCAUUGCUUGAGGAAUUUGGUUUUGAGACCUGGGCCAUUGACAUUCUGGGUUGGGGUUUCUCUGAUUUAGAAAAACUUCCUCCCUGUGAUGUGGUAUCAAAGCGUGAUCACUUCUACCAGUUUUGGAAGUCCUACAUCAGAAAGCCAAUGAUAUUGGUUGGACCAAGCCUUGGCUCUGCUGUUGCCAUUGACUUUGCAGUCAAUUAUCCAGAAGCUGUGGAGAAGCUUGUUCUGAUUGGUGCUAGUGUAUAUGCAAAGGGAACUGGCAAGCUAGCAACCUUACCUGCAGCGGUAGCCUAUGCCGGGGUUAAUUUUUUGAAGAGCUUUCCAUUACGCUUGUAUGCCACCCAGUUGACCUUCAAAAACAUUUCCUUCAGCACCAGCCUUGAUUGGACUAAUGUGGGCCGCUUACAUUGUUUAAUGCCUUGGUGGGAUGAUGCUACUGUGGAUUUUAUGACAAGUGGUGGUUACAAUGUUACUUCUUUGAUAGGAAAGGUAAAACAGAAAACACUGAUAAUAUGGGGUGAAAAUGACCGCAUCAUCAGCAAUAAAUUUGCUGUGCAACUACACUGUGAAUUACCUGAUGCAAUUAUACGCCAAAUACCCAGUUGUGGACAUCUUCCUCAUCUGGAAAGACCAGAUUUUACUAACAAAUUAAUAGUUGAAUUUGUGCAAAGAGAGGCUAAGAAAUUAAGUCAAUGUGUUGCACAAGUAUGAAGGCUGAAAAUCUGUUUUGCACAUUUGGCAAACCAAGGUGAUAGAAGUAAUUAAGCUUUUGGAAUGCUUCUUCUCUAGAGGAAGAUUGAAACAAUGUUGCUGCAGUGCUCUAAUAUUGUUAAUAUUAUAAGUUUAAUGGGUAUGCAUUAAAAGUUUUUACACUGUCCAUCAAUUAGAAAUCAUUAUUGGUAUGAUUUUUAAAUAGUUAUCAUCAAAAUCAACAAACUUACCAUACAUAAUGAUUUGUGACUGGAUGACAGUUUUAAAAAACUUUAUAUACCGUCAAUGCAUAUGUUAUUUUCUCUAAUAGUAUAAGUCUCUUUCUCAUGUUAUAUACUGAUUCACUCGUUUGAAUGUUAAUAAGUUUUACUUUAUCAAAGUCAAAUUUACCUUACAUGGUGAUUUGUGACCGAAUAAUAAUGUAAAAAGACUGUAUACCGUAUAUGAUAUUUUGAUAUUUUGAUAGGCUCUUUUGAAUGUUAAUGAG